AUGCUGCUUUAUCUUGUUCUUCUCCCUUCCCAAAUUCACCAUUCCCUCCGAAAUACCCCUCAGUCGCUCUGCGAGAACAAAUUAACCAGAUCAAGAACAAACUCGGGCUUCGCAUACUCUCUCUACUGGACCAAAAUCCUAAACAUCUACCUAAACCUCCGCAUAAUGUGCAUGAUCCUCAAUUCCAAGCGCCUCAAAAGCCUCCGCGAAUACAGCAACGCACAUAAGAUCCCCGGUAUAAGCCCACCCUUCGGCCUCUCUAUCCCAUCCAUCAUCCCCUCCCGCCCAGAUACAGAUUUCCCCUACGAAGUCCCCGACCUGGCGCGGUGGCUCGCACAGAGACCUACCGUGCUGGUGACAUUGGGGUCGCUUGCUGUGUGGGAUACACGGCGUACGAGGCAGUUCGCGGAGGGUAUCCAUGUGCUACUUGGGCGGCGUAGCGGAAUCCAGAUUCUGUGGUAUUUGCAGACUGUUUCGCCGAUAGUGGGCUCGGCGCAUCACGGUCCCCGUGUCGAUGAUGGCCCGGAGUGUAUUCGGGAUUAUGUUGAUGGGGACCAGUUCCGCAGUGGGAUGGGUGUGAUUCUCUACUUUGGGCCUGAUAUUGUUCGCUUGUCUAAAGUCCUCUCUAGAGCAAAUGUCCCCCACGUCGUCCUACCUGUCUGGUUUGAUGCGUAUGACUUUGCUACUCACGCUGGGUGGUUGGGUAUUGGGGAUUGGGGAAAUAGAUAUCUUGCGCCCAAUGUUGAUGGUGGGGAAUUGGGUAAGGCAUUAGUGCGAGUAGUUGCUAGCGACGAGUCAAAGAAGAUGUUUUACAAGAGCAGGAAAUUGCUGCAAAGUUGGGGGAAGGGAGGGUUGUUACUUGUGAGAAGACUAUUGAACUUUUGGAAUUGUAGAUAUGGUAGGACACAUUACCUUGCAUUCAUGGACUCAUGA